UCCUCUUCCUUCUCUCCUUCCUCUUUCUUCUCUCCUUCCUCUUCCUUCUCUCCUUCCUCUUCCUUCUCCCCCUUUCUACUCCUCCUCCCUGCCUUCCAUUCUUCCUCAAGAGACACUGCCACCAACACAUCUGCGGCACCAUGUCCUGCUACUACACCGACUGCAUCGACUUUUACACAGACUUCUCAACAUGCACCAACUACUCCAUGAAUGCGACAACUGCAUCGCUGCCCUGUCUGUGCAAAGCUGCAGUCAUCGCUGACUACACUAAAUGCUACCCAUGCAUGGUCAGCAUCAGCGGCACUACCAGCACCCCUUCCGUUCAGGCCUACACCAACGCCUGCAAUGGCAAAUCUACAGGCAACCCGUACGACCCCAUCUUGCCAACCAUGUACUCGACCUCCGGAUUCAACUUUCAACCCACCGGAUCCAAUACCCCCAACAACCCGAACAACAGCACCAACAACAGCAGCAGCACCAAGAGCAACACCGGUCUCUACAUCGGUAUCGGCUGCGGUGCCGUCGCCCUCGUUGCCAUCGUCGCCGCCCUCCUCUUCGUCUUCCGUAGCAGGCGUAACAAGAGACAGGACGCAAAGCUCAGCGCUGCCGCCGCUGCCGGUGGUGUCCAACCCUCACACCAACCUCCACCCAUGCAACCGAUUCCCGUCCAGAACCACUUCGUCCAACCUGGACAGCAGCAGCAGCAGCAGCCUGUAUUUGGACAACAGCAGCCUGUAUUUGGACAACAGCAGCCUGUAUAUGGACAACAACAGCACCACCAGCAGCCUGUCUAUGGACAACAGCAACAGCAGUACCAACAACCUGUCUAUGGACAGCAGCAGCAGCAGCAGCAAUACCCUCAACAAUUCGUCUCCCCACAGCCCCCAACCUCCGGAUACUAUGUCCCUACCUCCGGAUAUGCCGACCCUGCUCAGCAGCAGCAACAACUCUACCCCUCCGUGGUAACACCCCCCACCCAGACCCAGCCCACCCCUUCUCCAACCUUCGUCCCUGCGCCCGUUCCCACUGCAGAUCCCUAUCAACAGUACCAAUAUCAACAACAACAUCAGCAGCAGCAG